AUCAUGUUUUGGGUGUACUAUUCCUUUAAAGUUUCCCUUUAUUGACAAAUAGAAAAAUUAAUGAAUGGUUAGUGAGGGUAGUUGUUGAUCCAUGAAUCGUUAACCAGAACCGAACAUUUGGAGCUUUUGGGCCAGAAGGUUACAGCAGGAUUCAGUUCCAAAGUUAUCUGCAGUGUUCUGUGACUCUGCUCCAUGUCGCAGGUGUGAAGGCAAAGACGGAGGUUGUGGACAACAAGGACGGGACGUACACGGUGACCUACAUCCCCCUGACCUCCGGCAUGUACACCCUGAUGCUGAAGUACGGCGGCAAAGCCGUCCCGGGUUUCCCAGCCAAGGUGAUGGUGGACCCUGCUGUGGACACGUCCAAAGUCAAGGUGUUUGGACCUGGGGUUGAAGGAAAAGACGUUUUUAGGGAAGCCACCACAGAUUUCACAGUGGACGCCCGUCCUCUGAGCCGGCGAGGGGGGGACCAUGUGAAGGCUGAGGUCAAGAACCCGUCUGGAGCUCUGACGGAGUGCGUGGUCACAGACAGAGCGGAUGGGACCUACGGCGUGGAGUACACCCCCUUUGAGAACGGUGUCCACAGCGUCAAUGUUCUCUACGAUGACACGCCGGUUCCCCAGAGCCCCUUCAGAGUGUCCGUUACUGAGGGGUGUGACUCCAGCAGGGUGGUGGCCACCGGCCCAGGACUUCAUCAGGCCCUGACAGACCAGACCAACACCUUCAACAUCAUCACAAGAGGGGCAGGAAUCGGUGGCCUCGGCAUCACUGUGGAGGGUCCGUCUGAGUCCAAGAUGUCGUGCAAAGACAACAAAGACGGCAGCUGCAGCGUGGAGUACGUUCCCUACACACCAGGCCUCUAUGAUGUCAACAUCACCUACGGAGGAGAGCAUGUCCCAGGUGAGGUCAGGCCGGAGAUCACAUUAGUCAGCAGGUUGACCGUCAGUCAGGAAGUAAUGAUUAUGGUUAUGAUGUGUUUCUUUAAGACUUGAAUCCAUCUUAAUUGA